ACUCCCUUGUGUCGCGAUUGUGGGUGCAAUUUUUUCGAAAUUUUCGAUUCUAAACCGUAGAUUGUGGAUAUAAUUGCGGAAAUAUUAAAUCGCAAAUGUGUGCAAUCAUUAUGCAAGUGUAAUAAAUUUGUGAUAUAUUGAAUAUUAAAAAAGGAAUUAUCAAGACUUGAAGAACUCAGUGUACGGAAGAAAAUAAAGAAAAAGGGGGAAAAUGAAUGUAAAGAAGGCGGUUUUGGGUAAAUCGUAGCUAAGUCAUUGAUGAAAGUGAGAAACAAGUCUCGCUUGCGCCGAUAUUUAUUAAUACUACCGGUUUGACAGUUGCACAUUCUGACACUAUCGCGUAGCUAUUCAUACAUUCAUCUCGUUACACUGGCACAGUGAAAACGAAACGGAAUAUUUGAAACUGUUGAUCGCAAGCUGUCGCAAGUGUGCUGCGAAGAAGCUAACAAAGGCGUAAAGAAUUUAGGUAAAGGAAAAGUCAGAUGAAUUUGCGAAAGCGUGAAAACGGAAACAGAACGUAGCGGCUUUUGUCUUAGCAAAAAUAACUCACCAUUGCGCUAAAAUAAAAUAAUUUUUCAUUGUAAUAAUGACUUUGAAGUAGUAAAGAUCAGUGUCUGGACAAAGAUAUAACUUUUAUGUAAAUCUAAAGAGUAUUGUUGACAUAGUUUAAUCUUAAAACGAAUAUUUGUGUGAAUUUUACGUGUCUCUUGACGGCUUGCAUUACGUGUCUAUAAAAAAACAACAAUACAGAACAAGUGGUUUCAACAUAUUUGCAGCUAGAUACUCUUUAAAGAUAUAACUUUUCUGUAAAAAGGUGUGUGUUAAAGAAAUCAGAGUGAUUUCUGUUUUAUAAAAAAAAAAUUUAUUAAAUGAAAGUAUCACAGUUAAUGUGUAUAUACCUUAGCAAGUGGACGAAUUUUUGAAAAAAAAAACUACAUCAGCGAUCUUUCAGUGCUUAAUACCUACAAACAACUAGAAUUGCUGUUAUCAUAAAAAUUUAUUCUACCGUUAAAAAAACUAAUAAAAAUAGCAAUGUCGCAAAAGAAAACUAUAUAAGUAUCACUAACUGCCCAACGAAGAUAGUAAUACGUCUUGUUAAGUUGUUGCUGCAUCUCAGCCGUAUAGUUUGUGAAAAGCUAGUCUUUUCACAAAAGACAUCAUCAUUUACUCAUUUGUUGCAGAAAACGUUGUAUGUGGAAUGGAUAUUGGUGCUGGUGGUUAUGUAUAUAUGAAUGGAGAUGCAGUCAAGUUACAACCACCUGUUGCAAACACAAUUUACGCUCAUGUACCCGUUGAAACAGCGAUGCUAGCCACAACUAAUCUUUACGGGCCGACAACGCAAUUGGCAGCACCAGCCGCAACACAUAUUCCUUUGAUAGCCACCACAGGACCACAACCACCACAUCCACAAGCUCUGCAAGUAGCUGCUGCACCCCCACCCAGUCAACACCCACACCAACAUCAGCAUACACAAUUAAUACAGCAUACUCAUCCACACGCACACACACAUUCACAUAGUGCAGCGGUCGCCGCCGCCGCCGCUGCUGCCGCCGUAGCCGGUCCGCACACACAGCAACCCCCUAGUGCUGGUGCCUCUCUACAAACGUUGCCAACUGCCACGCAUCAAACCGCACAUUUACAAUACGCUCACCAACAACAAACAGUGGCACAGGUUGCUACUGGCGGACCAGCCGUAACAACAAUUGAUAGCUCAGAGUACGCAGCCGCCGUUAUGAAUGGCACAAUUGCACAGGACGGCUCUACCGUCUGCUACGCGCAACCGGAGGAGUUGUCCGGUGUAGCGGCUGGAACGAAUUUAAUAGCGGUCGAUGUUUCGAUGGCGGGAACUCCUACUUCUGUGGGCUCUCAUCAAACACAACCACAUUCUCUUGGUAUAAGUAAUGGUCCGCAUCAACAUCAGUCACACCAGCAUCUCAGCAACAAUACGAAUUCAGUAGAAAACUCCGGCAUACCGUUAGAUCAGCUGAAACAAAUGUUAUCAACGCAGUUAGAAUACUAUUUUUCCAGAGAGAAUUUAGCCAAUGACACCUACUUGCUAACGCAAAUGGAUAGCGAUCAGUACGUGCCUAUUAUAACUGUGGCCAACUUUAAUCUUGUAAAGAAGCUUACCAAGGAUAUCAAGCUGAUCACGGAAGUGCUUAGAGAGUCUCCAAAUGUGCAAGUAGACGAAGAUGGUUUGCGUGUGCGUCCUAACCACAAACGUUGCAUUAUUAUCUUGAGAGAAAUAUCCGAAAAGACACCUGUAGAAGAAGUAAAGAAUAUUUUUAAUAAUGAAAAUUGUCCACGUGUCAUAUCAUGUGAAUUUGCGGGAAAUAAUUCAUGGUAUAUAACAUUUGAAUCAGAUGAAGACGCCCAAAAGGCCUUUAAAUACUUGAGAGAGGAUGUAAAGAUGUUCAAGGGAAAGCCCAUAAUGGCUAGGAUGAAAGCGAAACCCUUCAUAAAUCGGCUGCCAAUCGCACCGGUUGCACCAUUGAAGAAUGGGUUCCGAAUAACUUCGCCGCCAGCAGCGGUAUAUGAUCCUAAUGCGGCAGCGACUGCCGUUGCAUACAACACAGCUCCGCAACGAUUUGUCUAUGCUACGAAUGGUGCCGCAAUGACACAGGCAUCGGUACCUUAUAAUGCUCCUGUAAUAUUUCAAUCUUUCCAACAGCAACAAUUCUAUCCUGGUAUUGUUGCAACAACACCGUGGCCACCGGCGGCUGCUGCAGUAGCGGCAGCCGCUACCACAGCACACGGUCAAAAUUUUUAUGAGCUUGGAAAUGUGUUCGCCACUAAUGGGUUGACACCACAAGCUGCUGUGCCCACAGCGUACACAACUUCUGCUCCACAACAAUCUGCUACGCCAUUGCCGGCGUCAUCGAAAGGGCAAAGCGGCGGCGGUCGCUAUAAUAACCAUCGCAAUAACACCAGCAGUGCUGGUGGUGGUGGCCGCAACAAGUUGCGUAGCAACACUGCACAACAGCAACAACAACAAUCUCAACCCUUACCGGGUAUGAUAGCUACGCUUGGUAAUGUCGUUGGUAGUUUAGUAAGCGUUGUCCCAACAAUAAUGGACCCGCACCAACAGCAACAACAAACGCAGCAGCAACAAAAUCAACAGCCUCAGCAUCAAAUGCAACAACAGCAGACGACUUCAAGUCAAGUACAACAGCAACAGCAGCAAGUGCAGCAAUCACAACAACAACCCCAAAAUACUUCAAGGCAUUAUAAUAGUAUAAAAAAUAGUGGAGGUGGCAUUAAUAAAUCAGCUAUGGAUAAGCCCUAUGGUGGAGGCAGCAGUAUGUCGAGUCACAUACACUAUGGAACUCAAGCCCAAUCGAGCGCUGGCCCUUCCCAUCAUCAUGCGUCGUCCCAACAGCAACAGCAGACGAAUGCUGUAACUGCUGGUUCACAUAAUAGCACUCAAAAUCACUACCAAUUGCCUUCCGCGACGGCAGCUGUAGCGGCCGCCACAUCUACAAAUCUACAACAUUCUUCCUUUGCGCAUGCUACGCCAACCGUAUCGGUGCAGCAACAGCAUCACCAUCAUCAGCAACAGCAACCACAUUUGCAUGGGCAACAUGUUGCUGAUCUGCAAGACGAUGGCGGUGUGUUAAGCAUGGGUGCUAGUGGUGAGUUGGUGCAGCAACAACAGCAGCAUCAGCAGCAGCAAUCAUCGCAUCCUCAUCAACAGCAACAGCACAGCAGAAGUAAUCUGUCUAGUUCAACAUCGUCGCUGGCGACGUCGUCGUCUGUUGGUGUCGGUGUGGUGGGGAAGGAGCCGCCAAUGCAUUGGACGCAGCCGCGACAUCGUCGUCGGAGACGUGAUGACGACGGCAGCGUUAUGACAUAUACGCCAAGCACUCGACUUGGUGGUGGCGCCGGAGUUAGCGGUGGGCAGCAAGCCUACAUUGGUGGUAACGUAUCAUCACAUCAUCAAUCACAGCAGCAGCAACAACAACAACAACAACAAUUACAAACACAACAAUCGUCCAACUCCGGCAAUACGCUGCAAUUAUCCUCAAAUGUGGGUAAUAAUACUGCAAUAUCGUCACAAAGCAGUGGCGGCGGUGCCAGUGUGCAUCAUAGCCAGCGCGGUGAAAGUGUCCAUCAUGGCGGCGGCGGCUCAAGUUACAAUUCACAUCGCGAAGAACAUCGAGGUGGUUACAAAGGCAAUAAUUAUAAUCCACAUUAUAAUAGCGGUGGUGGAAUGGGUCAUCACUCGCAACAUUCGGGAGCAUCACAUCAUCACCACCAUAGUGGCGGCGGUCCAUCACAGCAGCACCACCAUCACCAUUCAUCGUCGCAUCAUACGGGCUCAACGCAUCAUUACCACCAUCAUCGCCACGAAGUAGGUGGUGGUGGUGGUGGUGGUAGCGGUGGUAACGGUGGCCUAAGUGGAGGUGGCACGAAUGGUGCUCAUGGAAUAAGCGAUCGCAGCAAUGAUCGCAGUGGCGGUCAUGGACAUCACGGUCAGCAGCAGCAACAGCAACAUGUGCCGCCGCCACAACCACCACAAUUCGAUUUAGAAGCAGCAGCUUUUCCGCCACUGCCAGCGACUUCGUCGUCCACAGCUUCCUCUUCCUUAGCGUCUACUGGUGCGGCUUCGUCAAAUAGUAGUGGUAGCAACAGUAAUAAUGUUGCGGUGUCAAGUACUAAGCAAUCUUCGAACUCGACACCACAUCAUCAUCAACAUCAACAACCACUUCAGCAACAGCAACCACAACAGCAGCCUCAGCAGUCUUACGGUGGUGGCGGAAAUGACGGAAGCAUAAGUGGCAGCGUAGAUGUGCCAACGCAAAAAACAAGCUACCUGCAGCAGCAACCCCAACUACAGCAACACAAUCAGUGUUUAAGCCCUUCUAUUGCAGUACAGCAAUCUAAUAGUUCCUCGUCGGCGGUAACUGGUGUAGCAGCGAAUGUUAGUGGUGGUGGUAGCUGUAGCACUGGCAGCGUUGGUAGUAACUACCAAAACCACAGCAGCGCCAGCGGCGUCGCCAACAGCAGUGGCUGGUCCAAUGAGAACCGUUUGGCAGAUGUUGUGCGCUCUGGCGCGAACAGCGGUGGUAAUGGGAAGAUUAAAUCUCGCAAAGAUUCCGCCCACAAUAACAAACAACAACAACAAAACUAUCAACAACGUAAUACCGGUGCUUGUACCACCAUCAGUCCCACCACAACAACGUCCAUCAACGCUACAGAAGGUGCUUUUCCAGCUGAUGAACCAAAUAUGUCAUCAGCAGUUACAACAACAAAGCCAAACAAUAAGUCCUCGACAUUAAAUAAGCAAAACUCAAAUGCUAAUACAAACUACACAACCACCGCCUCCUCAUCCAACAACACUGUGAUAAAGUGUCCAACACAAUCCAAACAAACCAAUGCCUAUAGUUUGACUGGCGGCAAUGCAUCAUUCGACAGUAAUACUGUCACUGGUGAAAAACCCAUAAACAAGACUGAGGAUCUGCCUGCUUCCGCGGCGACACAAGAAGCAGCAUGUAAACAGCAGCAACAGCAACAUGCCAACGAUAACAAUGGCAGCAAUGAGCUACAUCAACAACACAAUCAUCGCGGUAGUGGCUGCAGCGGCCCAAACUCCACUUCGGGCGGUGCCAUCAAAAGCGCUAAUGCAGUGCUUUCACCAACACCAGCUACAGCCGGUGUAUUCAGCGGUAGUGGCGUAGGCGGGGGCAUCACUAGCAACAACAGUGCCAGCAAUAAUGGCCAACAAGCCGUUACAUGCAGUGUUGCUACCAUGACCACAAAUUUUGCCGAUUGCAGCCUAAGCAAUCAUAAGAAACCGCCCGCAGUUGCAGAUUUACUAGCCAAAAAGGCAACGCCAAAAGAUGCUACGAAGCAUAAAAAUGCUUCCACAUCUACGAACACUGCUUCAAUUGAAAACAUUGCGGCAGCCCAAACGGGCACACCAAUAGCGAAUGCCACAAGUGCGACAAAUAAUAACAGUUCACGUUUAAGCUACGCCCAAGUUGCUCAACAUCACAAGGAGCGCGCCGUCGGCGAUGGUGGCAACAAGAGUUCUGAGAACUCGGCCUCAGGCAAUGCCUCACCUGUUGCUGUGCCCAAUAAAAGCGAACUGUCAGCUUCAACAAUGAAUAUUAAUAAAUAUGAGACUGCUAAUAACAUUAGUGGAGCGGGCGGUGUAGUCAAUGCUGUUAUCGGGGCGGCGACGGCGACCGCAACAGUCGCGACAGUACCUUCUUCAUCAGCAGCAGCAGCUGUUGCAUUGCAGUAUGUAGAAAAGCAAAGCGACAAACCGAUCGGAUUUGACAAGCAACGUGUCAUAACGACUGUUGGCCAAGCGUUGACGAGUGCAGCCACCGGCACCACUGCCACAGGUAACAAUAGCGGCAGUGGCGGUGGUGGCAAUAACACAGGUGCUGUGAUUAACAGCGCAAGUAAUGUAGUGACAUUACGUGCGGAAAUUUCCAAAGAUAAAGAUGCUUUACGCGAGAAUCGCCAAAGCACCGGCAGCAAUAAUAGCGGAAGCAGUGGCUUCAGUAGUAGCGGCGUGCUUAGCAAUAACGCGGCCACCCAAUCCACUCUAUCGACGAGUGCACGCAAUCGCAACAACGAUGGCAAAGAGAAGAAUGUGCGUGAACGACACGACACUGCCGAAAGCAGCAGUAGUGGACGCAAGUCGGGACGUAAUUAAUUCUUAGUUUUGAUGUUCACCAAAGGAACUGAAAUAUUUCGCUUAGGAACAGCAUUUCACACACAUAUAUAUUAUACACAAUUGCUUACACACACGCACACUCACUUGCAUAGUGCCGAAAUUAAGGACACUUAUAUGCAGCCAAUGUACAGUAGAAAGCCACACAGAGAGAAUUUUCAGUAUUGUCUGCGUAUGUAGUAGCAGGAAAUUAACGCAUACGCAAAGUAUCCGUCGUUCGUUGCAUUAAGAGGCGCUAAAGCAAUUUAUA